AUGUCCGAAAAUAAUUCAGAGGAACUUACCCAAGAGCAAAAACGUGUUGUGCAAUCGGCGUUUUCGAGUAAAGCGCCCAGGAAAUCAUCGGCUUCGAAUACGUGAGUUCAUCAAGAAUAAAUUGAAAAUUCACUCCUCGUUUCUCAAACCCACCAUAGCUCAGGCGGUAGCGAUUGUGUCUCUUGAGUUUUUGCACCCGGGUUCGAUUCCCCCCAUGAACUUUUUUGUUUGUUUUUUUUUUUCUGGAAGAUUUCAAAAAAAAAUAAUGUUUUUUUUUCAGUGCUCCAUUCAACACAUGUCUUCUAGUCCUUCUAACCGCCUCAAUUCUCCUCCAAAUCUCUGCGAUCUUCGGCCAAAACGGCUCAUUCGUCAGUCUUUUCAUCGCAAUCUUCAUGUUCGAAUGGUUCAACAUUCAUUUUUCCGCGAUGACGCGAACGCGCCGCGCAUGUUUCGACGUGGCAAAUGUGCUGGAGACCUAUCAACCACGUGCCAGAACUCACGGACAUUUAUUCAUUCCGGAUCCGCCAACUCCAUGCGUUAAAAUUGCGGACGAAAAUGACGUGGCACACGAUGCGCCGAAGGAGAAAAAUGCGUUCACCAAUGCUAGAGAUGCGGUAAGUCUAGUGUAAUUAAUUAAUUAAUCAAUUAAUUUCAAAAAUUUCUAGCACUACGAGAACAUGUAUCAAAAAGCGUUGCAAAUGGCGAAGGAAAUGGAGCAAAAUGAGAAGCACGGAGCAAGUCCAAAUAUGGAUAGUGGCGAGAAUGCGGCAAAUGCGGAAUUGAAGCCGGCGGAUCCGGAAAAAGAUAAGAAGGAGGGCGAGGAGAAGGCGAAGGAGAAAAAGAAGAAAUAUGAGGAUGAUAUGACGAAACCAUUUAGUUGCUAA